UAUAUAUAUUACUUAUGUCAUACUAUUUGUGCACUUCAAAACUCACAUUUCAAUACAAUUGAAGAUUUUGUAUUAUAAAGGUACAUAUUUCAAUUAAAAUGAGGUAUACGUACUUACAGACUUUUUUUAUUUUGGGUUGUAUAUACUAUGUAUCAACUUUUGUACCUGAUCCAGCAGAUGUUUUAAAAUUUAAGCAAACAGAAAAACUUAUACAUCGCUGUUUUGUAUUCAUAAACAUAGGGAAACAUAUUUUGUGUGCAGAUGAAUCGCUUAGAAAAGAUUAUGUAGCUACGUUAUUGUACUAUUUUGAAUCAUUCAUGGAGGAUGAAGAAAAUAAGACUGAAAAAUUACAACAUUAUUUUUCCGUUUUAGCUUGUGAUGGUUAUAUUGAUCGUAUUGAUUGUUUAUUUAGUGCAGGAAGGUGUUUUAAGGGUUUCUUAAUGCACAUAAAGGAGAAUCCGCAAAUCAUUCCCAACAAAGUUUUAAAACUUGCCACAGAGGAGAGCUUUGUUAAAUUUAGAAAUGAUCGUUGUUCUACUAGUUCUAUGGUAUCAUUUCGAGGAUUAAUGACUGAUUCAGAACUUAAUGAGGCUAAUGAAAUUACAAAUGAUUCUGAUGUUCAACCCACACAGGUUUCCCCACAUGAUGAUCCUUUGCCAGAAUAAGAAUUAUCUUUGUAUUGUUAUUUCAUAAAUUAAUUAAACAGCAAAAAUUUUACAAUUUGUCGAGUUAUUUGUAAAUGUUUUAAAAUAAAUAAUCUCUGUAGUAUACUGUUAUAAUUAAUUUAUGUAAUUUAAAGAGUCAUUACUGUAAUAUAUUGACUGUCAAUCGAUAGAUUAUCCAAUUAUUAA